UUAUUUGCAUUUUUUUUUCUUUUUUAAUAAUUAAAAUAAUGUACAUAAUAGCCAUUUUCAGAUAUCGUGACAACACAGUAGGAGAUACGCCCGAAUGUGACGAUUGGUACUUCAUUUUUUUUUAAAUUUUACGUUCAGCCUUAAGUAACAAUCGUUCGCGUGGAAUAUAACUCCUACUAGUGUUGCCACCGCAUAAAAUAAAAAUAUAAACGUACAUGGCACGCUAGUCGCUGAUUUGAAACACCACUGUCAUCAUCUCGUCUGUCAAACUUUGUAACUGGCAACACUUCAUUCUUUCAAUGUUACCAACAAUGAAAGGGCGAAUGCCGCAGUCUGGUUAGACGAGAAGAUGAUGUCGCGCUGUUAGUGAUGAAAUCUAUUUCAUCAAUAACAGCUUAGUAUUAACUUAGUCCCAGAUGAAUCCGAAGCACUAAAUACAAUAAAUAAACGCUUUAAAGCCGCUUUGACUUAGAUAAACUUAAACUAUAAAUGUCGACAUAAUCUCUUCCAUAAACCAAUAAACAACAGAUUAUCACUAAACGCUAUUUUUCUUUCAUCGUUGCCUUACACUGAUGCUUUUUAAACGUUAAAAUAAUAAAUAAAAAGAGUUUUUAGUUUAAAUAUUUAUUACGAACGCUUUAGAGAAGUUUUAAUCAAAUUUCUGAUCAGAAUGUCGUUCCAGGCAACAUUUGUUAGCUAUGGAUUUGAGAAGGGUCAGUUUGUUCGAGUUAUUUGUUACUGUAAAUUUUCCUUGUUAAUUAAUCUAUGGCAUCGUUUUUGGAGCACCGUAUUUAAAUCGGUAGCAAAGUUUUUGGAAUGCCAACUGUCCGUCGAGGACGGCGAGCGUAUUUCAAAUUUGAAACAUAUUUCGCUGUCAGAAAGUUUCAUUUCGAACUCAAAACUAAACUGGCUUGUCAAGUUUAAAUACUUCGCAUUUUUAAAAAUGGAACACUCGGACGAUCGGUAGUCGAUUAUUCGGAUGACGUAGUCGAUGUUGAGGAUGAAGAUGUUGACGAGUUUUUUAUUGGUACCAUAGUGCUGACGAAGGUUUUGACGGGACAUACCAAACCAACGUGGUGGUCAGAAACAACGGCAGUUGCCUGUACGUGCCCCCGGGCAUUUUCAAGAGCACAUGCAAGAUAGACAUCACGUGGUUUCCCUUCGACGACCAACACUGUGACAUGAAGUUCGGUAGCUGGACUUACGAUGGCAAUCAGCUGGAUCUGGUGCUAAAAGAUGAGGCUGGCGGUGAUCUGUCUGACUUCAUCACGAAUGGAGAGUGGUACUUAAUAGGAAUGCCGGGCAAAAAGAACACGAUAACGUACGCGUGCUGUCCGGAGCCGUACGUAGACGUCACGUUCACCAUCAUGAUCAGGAGAAGAACGUUGUAUUACUUCUUCAACCUGAUAGUGCCGUGCGUGCUCAUAUCCUCGAUGGCACUGCUCGGGUUCACACUGCCUCCCGACUCCGGGGAGAAACUCACACUCGGAGUCACUAUUCUUCUAUCGCUGACGGUGUUCCUCAACCUGGUGGCAGAGACCCUGCCGCAGGUCUCCGACGCUAUCCCCCUGUUAGGCACGUACUUCAACUGCAUCAUGUUCAUGGUGGCAUCGUCGGUGGUGCUGACGGUCGUGGUCCUCAACUACCACCAUCGCACCGCCGACAUACACGAGAUGCCGCAGUGGAUAAAAACAGUGUUCCUACAAUGGCUGCCGUGGGUGCUGCGGAUGUCGAGGCCGGGGAAGAAGAUCACGCGGAAGACGAUCAUCAUGUCGUCGAGGAUGCGGGAGCUGGAACUGAAGGAGCGCUCGUCCAAGUCCCUGCUGGCGAACGUGCUGGACAUCGACGAUGACUUCAGACACGCGCCGCCGCCGCCGAACAGCACGGCGUCUACGGGGAAUCUGGGACCGGGACUCUCUCCAACCAGGUGUUCAAUAUUCCGCACGGAUUUUCGCCGUUCGUUCGUCCGUCCGUCUACGAUGGAGGACGUGGGCGGCGGCCUGGGGCACCACCGGGAGCUCCACCUGAUCCUGAGGGAGCUUCAGUUCAUUACAGCCAGGAUGAAGAAGGCUGAUGAGGAGGCUGAACUGAUUAGCGACUGGAAGUUCGCAGCGAUGGUUGUUGACAGGUUUUGCCUGUUCGUGUUCACACUGUUCACAAUCGUGGCGACGGUCGCCGUGCUGCUGUCAGCGCCGCAUAUCAUCGUGCAGUGAGCGCCGGACUCACGUCCGCACCAAAGAGAGAACUAAUAUUAGACGACCAUAAUUAUAAUCAUUUAAAUACGUGGUUCAAACGCACACGUCUGCACUUGAGUGGGUGUACUCAAGCGCCAGCGCGCGUGUGCACACCAACCCUAAGUCCAAAGACGGUAAAUGUAAUAAUUAAAAACGUAGUUAAGUCCAGUAUUAUAAAUAAAUUGUGAUGUUUAUGUACGUUAUACAGAUAAAUGUUGACGAGUGUAAUUUGUUAAAUAAAUAAUAUUAAUAUUAAAUUAAAAAACGAGAUUAAUAUUUUCAUUUUAAAUUAGGCUUCGUGGAAGAUUUUAAUCGACUCGGAUGUAACGAAUGAUCGAUGUUAUCGAGAGUUUUAUUAAGGUCGAGAGGUUGUGUGAUCGUUUGUCAUUCGCCGGUAUGAUGUCAUUGCGUUUGCCAAAUCCGGUGUUCGGCGACAAGACAGAUUAAUGAAAACUCCGGCGACGUUAGUUUGUCGACGCGGGAAUUUUGUUAAAGAAAUCUAUGUUUUGAGCCGAGAUACCUAAAAGUUAAAACCACAAUGUCCUCAAUUCUUUCAUUUUAUUUCGAUAUAAUUUUUAAUGUAAUUGAACAAUGUCAUGUUUCUAUAAAAAUAGUUUUUUAACCGAAAAAUUUUGGACAAGUCACAUAAAAAACUUUCACUGCCACGUGAAUGAGAAACGUUUUUAGUGUCAUCUUAAUGUCAAACCUUAAGUACUUUCUUUUAUUGAUCUUAAUAAAACUGCUCGAAGUUUAUCGAAACAAUAUGUAAGGAUUGAAGGGAAAUUUAUAUGCAAUCGCGUUCGGAUGGUAUCCUUAGUAAAAAGAGGGAUCAUGGUCAUUAUAUUAAGUAUGGUGUACAUAACAUAAAGGAUCAAGUAAUGGUAGCGACAUAAUAGUUUACUAUAAGAAGGACCUAUUCGAUAAACGUUGCGUAUCGAUGGUCUUUUGUAUCGAUUAUGUUUGAAAUCGAUUAAACGUCGAUAUUUCCACACACGGCAUCGUAUGUGGAUACGAAAUAUUAUUGCAAUAAAGUUAAUGCCCUCCAAUAUUAGUAAAUAGGCCAAUAUUGUUAAUAUUUAUUAAUCAAAUUAGUUUUGCUGUUAAAUUAAUUGUUCAUCUCGAUUUUAUGAAAUAUAUAUCACUGUUAUACUGCAAUAAAUAUUUAAUAAACUAAUUGAAUGUUACAGCUAUUCAUAAUCUUUUUCUUUUAUAAUCGAUACAAAAGACCAAUGAAAUAAUUCGCAAUCGAAACGAGUGUCUUUAGUUAAACAAUCGUAGUAGAAAACGCUCGAAACUCGACUUAUUCAGGAAUUGUUAACUAGUGGAAUUGAUAAAAGAAUCAACAAUAUAAAUGGAACCAAAAUAAUAGGAAGGUUGUGUCCUUAUACUGAACUUUAAAAUUAAUGAAUAACAAUUAAAAUGUAGACGUAAAAUGCGUUAAAAUUUGUUAAAAAACAAAUUCGAUAAAGAAUCGAUAUGAAAAAUCGAUACUAUUAAUAAUCGGAAAUAAAUUUGAGGUAUUCGAGUAGUUUUCUUUUAUCACACUGUUAAUGAUAGAUUAUAUCUAGUUGUUUUACACAUAUACAGUUAACGCAUAGCCAAAAUAUACAACGCCGCUGAAAUAUCAAUAUAACCGUAUAUUAUAAGUAUGUACAUACAGAAUAUCAUGUAUAUAAAUUAGGAGAAAAAAUUUAUAAAUUGAAAAAAAGACUCGAUUCUUCACUUAGAUCACCCAAUCUUAAGCAUCGUUUUAGAAAUCAUUGCAAUUUAAAAAUGCUAUUAAGACGUGUCUCUCGAGAUAGUUUUCAUUAAAAAUGGCGUUGUGAGUUCGAACGAAUAUUCUGGAAAGUUUUAAAAGUGAGGUUAAGUCAAUAUGGCGGUCGAGAUCAGAUUUAUGUUAACGGGACAGUGAGUGACAAACGAACUUAGCACUACUGUAGCAUCUAGUUAUAGAUACACUAGUUUCUACCGUGACUUCGCACGCUUAAUGAUGCUUAUCUUCAAAACGAAACACUCCAACACACUCAAUCACAUAUUAACGACAAUUAUAAGACACAUAGCGAUUUCUUUCGCUAAUUAACUACGGACAAUGCUUAUAAACUAUAACAAAACGUUAUGUCAAAAUAUUUCACAGACAGUCCGAGAUGCGACUCUGCCACAGUUUUGUAUGUAUAGAUUAUUUAAAUUAAAAAUAAUUCAAAUCUUUAUCUAUAUUCGUUCCUCGAUUUCUCUUAUAGAUGUCGUCAUAGCCUAGUUAUUGUCGUGUCCCUUUGAAUUAGAAUAAAGUAAGAAAGCUCACUAAAUAAUGAUAGUUUUAAACGAUCUAUGUGUGUCCUUUUCUAUUUUUAUUUUUAAUAUUUCGAAUAUCUUGUGUAAAUGAAUUUUUGGUGUACGAAUUGAAAAGCGUAUUUUCAAUGUAGCUUAAGGAAUUAUUAGGAAUUGCGAUAACUACUCGAGUAAGAGCGUCGUUUUAAGAUAUUAGUCGUGUUACCUACGGGAGAGCGGCAGUUUUGUUGGACGACUAAUCGAAUUAUUAGUUUUCUUGAUUAGAUAUUGACACUAUAUGAUCUAAUUUAAUAAAGUUUUGUUUGUUGACUAUGAAGUCAAAUUAAUUUAAAUUUGAAAUCAAAAUUCCUAGCUAUAUCCAGCUAAUUUUCGUUUCCGUCUAAUGCAGUUAGCUAACAUUACCAAUCGUCGACUUAGCCUGUCAAUGAACAACAGCCGCUCGACCAACAUAAAAUAGAAUUUAUCAAAUGUUUUAAUUUCGCAAGUUAUUUUAUUGUUGUUUAUUAGUACCGUACGGUACUUGUGCAGGACUUGGUUGAUCUCACGUUGUUUUUUUAAAUAUUUUAUCAAUUGUUGAUUACUUUUGAACCCUAUUGUAUAUUUCAAAAUAUAAAUGGCGGAUCGGUUAUGACGAAAGGCGAUAAUUUUUCCGCUAAAAUCAGCAAUUGCGACAUUUAAAACUGUUCGGGACAAAUAUAGUGUGAAAAGUAAUAAAAAUUAAGUACAGUCAUUUGGCGAGUACUAUGAGCGGUUCUAGUAUAUUGAGCGCCUUAAUAACAGUCCACAUUUCUUUAUGUGUAACUAACACUGAGCGGCGCAAACCCUAGUGCGCAGACAAUAAUCGAUAUGGAUAAUGGAGCUCUCAAAUCGAUUCAGAUUUUCAUUCGAUAAGUCGUCGUAACCGACUUCGCCUAUUAAUCCAACAUUUAAUUAGGUUUGUUAGUGCCAAAAAUAGGGUUUAUAAAUAUCUAAUUAAGUUGAAUUAUAGGGUUUAAAUAAAGUUGGAUUUUAUUGUAAAAAAUGAAUAAACGAACUAGGGACAUUGUUAACGCGUAUGUUGCUCCGUCGGUGCGUCACCGCAGCUCAAUCAGCCAAUUUUAAAAGCACUUAUUUUAUUAAAAAAAUAAAAGGUUGUGAAAUGUAAGGGCCGCGGUGAUGGAUCGAUUUUAAUAUAAAAAUAUACAAUUAAAAACGAGUAGUAUAAUAUAAUUAUUAAAAAUGGGAUAAAAAUAAAAUCGCCUGCUCGGGACCGGGUUAGAAUAAACGUACAAAAUGAACUGAAGCGAUGAUCUCAUGUUAUUUUUGGUCUGUUUAAUCCAUAUUUCAGUGCACUUGUAGGUCAUCAAAUUUCCAUACUAAUUGUACUUUUUAAAAACUACGAAAUUUUUACAAAGUCUACGAAACGUUAUCACGAAAAUAUCAUAAAAUGUUUGAACAAUAUUUGAGCUGUGGAGAAAUUAAUAUUUACUUACUUGUAUUUUUCAUUUAAAAAUUCACAGGAUUCUAUUUUUAAAUUGAUGUGUUUCUCUUUAACUUAGUGGCCAGUCUUUUGAAAUGCUUUUUAAUAAUCGGCAAUCCAUCAAUUUACUAGCCAGGACCAAUAAAUAGCUUUUGAAAGUGAAAGCUCCCAAUAAUGGACAUAAAAUGUGUUUUAUUGUGCUGAAAAUAUCGUGAUAAAUAAUUUUCUCUCCGUCUUUUAGUGUAAAAAUUAUUAUGCGGAUAAUUUUUUGAUAUUUUCGUGAUUUUUAAAUGUGUAAAUAUAAUUUUGUAUUUCAUUCCUAACACAAUUUCCGAAUUGCAUUAUAUUAUCAAGUACUUAUAUUUAUAUACGUGUAAUUAUUUUUAAAUGUUUGUAUGGCAUAUAAAGUUUUUAACUCGAACUUUAAAAAUUACUUAUUUGUAUGGUUUGCUGCUAUUAAAAACAUUCUUGUAACACGCUUUGUUGUGCGUUUUUUAUAAAGCAAUAUGCUUUGCACAUGGUGGAAGUGGUGACUUAAAUAGUUAUCGAAUAAUAGUGUAAUUUUACAAUAACGUGUUAUUUUUUGUUUUAUUCUAAUUCAUUUUAAUUAAUUAAAUUUGUAGGGUGUAAUAAGGUUGUGUCCCAGCAACCGCAAAUGGCAGUAUCUGAUUAUGUCCUAAGCCGCGCGCAUUUCACGGCUCUGAAAAAUCUUUCUUUCUGAUCCUAAUACCUAAGCAUAUCACGAAUUUCUAAAAUCGAAUAAAAAAUGAAUCUAAUUUCUAGCAAAAGCGCUUAUUCCAUUUUUAAAUGUUUAGGAAAAUAAAUAGCCAAUUCUGUUUUUAAAUAUGCAUUGGUUUCAUGUUUAUUAAAAACUCUUUGUUUUCGGCGUUACAAAAAAUUAUUCUUUGUUUAAAUUUCUAUACUCUAAAUUGAGCAAAGUCGAAGCCAUUGAAGAGUGCGUCGCCCUCUAUUUCUAAUCGAUAGCAGAUGCGCUCUUAUGAUCUUCAAAUGUUCGCGGGCGGCGGUCCAUUGACUUCUCACGAAGACAUUUUGAGGUUAUAUCUCGCGUGAUCUAGAUUUGCUAAAGUUUUAAUUGAAUUGUUUUUUAGUGGUCUGCAAGUGGUUAGAUUUAAAAUAUUUCGACAAAAUUGGUCCUGGAAUUACAGUUAGAAAUUAUUUUAGAAUUACUUAGUGUUUUGCUGAUUUCACGCUAAAAUUUUUCUGAGGUAUUUUAUGUGGUUCAAUGAUAAAUAUAUUUGAUGAAAUAUAUGAAAUGGGACGUCUCGAGAUACUGAAAAACAAAUAACAAACUUGGCUGCAAGAAUCAAAUAGAAAUCAAUUUAAAUUUUAAACUGAUUGUAAUGGAUUAUUAAAAAAUUAAAGAUAAAAAUUGAUAAAUAACAGGGUUCCGUUGUCGGGCUCGAAGGACCAACUCUUCAGUUCAAUUUAUGUAAUUUUUAAACCAUAUGCCAUACAAACACACCAGCAUACUGCACAACAGAAACUAAUGCUUUAAUCGUGAAACAGGUAUUUUGGACUCACAUGUACAUUUCUACUUCUGAACGCUAUGUAAUUUAAGAUUUUAAAAAAUAAUUUCCAUUUUUUCAUCUUCAAGUUUAAAAUUUAUUAUGAUGUAAGACUUUGAGACGUUUUAAAACUAUCGCGAAAUUUCAAAUUGUCACUUUUCUUGACGGCUGCGAUUGUUAUUUAUUUGAAAGUAAAUUUCUUCAACAUUGUUUCGUUUUGGUAUUCACUUGUAUAUAUAAUUCUCUUUUAAACCGUGAGCAGUGAUAAUAUUCAACGUGUAAAAUAAAUGUAAAAUCUUUGCUAUACUUGAAACAGCAAAAUAAAUUUUAGUAACUUUUUUAGAUACUAAAAUAUCUUUCUAUUCAUAAUGUCAGUCAACAUAAAAUAUAUUUUUUCAUUCGUUAUUCGUCAAGAAAAGUCUAUAAACAUAAAACUUUCAUCACGAUCGCUUUGUAGUACAUUUUGAAUAUCACAACAUUGCCUCAAGAGUGCUUCUGUCAUAUUAUAUUUAUUAUUAUUUCAGACAGAGUAAGCCAAUGUAUGCGCCAUAGAUUUUCAGCCAAUUAUUUAAAAAAAAAAUUGUAUUUAAAUUGGCUGUAUGAUUUACGAAUGAUGGCAAAUACAAAAUGGCGCUGACAUAGAGAAAUGGCGCGUACUAAUGACCGUUGGUCUUCCAUCCAUAGACAAAUAUGUAUUUGAAAACUACAGUUGUUACAAUAUAAAAAAGUGUUUAUAAAAUAUAAUAACAUGGAAAAUUUUAUUUAAACUGAAUUCUGGAAUAGAUUACAAUAUUUACCUUGUCCUGUUGUAUGAGUGUAUUGUUAUUUUAUUAUCAUUUCUUAUAAAGGUAUAAAGAAUUACGUUACAUUGUAUUUAAAUACAUUAUAUCUACUAUAGUUUUAUGUGUACAGUCUACGUUUAAAAAUAUGUUAUAAAUAAUAUGGAUGGCGGACUAAGUUCAUUAAAUAAGUUCAUAAUUUAAACAUGCCAGCUUACUCUUUCACUCAUUGUAUAUUUAUUUUCUAUCUCUUUCGCACGUGAUGCUCCACAUUGUGUUCCUGUGGCUUAACCAUUAAUGGAAUAAUUAAUUAAAUUUAAUUAAAUUAAUAAAAAUGGACAAUUAUAUACGACUGCAAAAUUAAAUACAGCCGAGUGUAAUGUAAGUUUAUAACGAAAGCCCCUAUGGAGGUUUUUAUAAUAGAUGAAAACUAUAAUAAUAAAAUAAAAUACAAAGGUAAAUUUGUAAAAU